AUGAAAUUUUCUGGAAUUCUUCUAUUGGUCGUUCUCUCCACAGUAAAUGCUUUACCACAUCCUGGAUAUCCAAUUGCUGAAUCAUACCCAAUUGCAUCAUAUCCAAUUGCCGAAAGAUCUGAAAGUAAUCCGAAAGAUCCGAAUAAUCCUGAAUCAUACCCAAUUGCCGAAAGAUCUGAAAGUAAUCCGAAAGAUCCGAAUAAUCCUGAAUCAUAUCCAAUAGCCGAAAGAUCUGAAAGUAAUCCGAAAGAUCCGAAUAAUCCUGAAUCAUACCCAAUUGCCGAAAGAUCUGAAAGUAAUCCGAAAGAUCCGAAUAAUCCUGAAUCAUAUCCAAUUGCUGAAAGAUCAGAAGGUAAUCCGAAAGAUCCGAAUAAUCCUGAAUCAUACCCAAUUGCCGAAAGAUCAGAAAGUAAUCCGAAAGAUCCGAAUAAUCCUGAAUCAUAUCCAAUUGCCGAAAGAUCAGAAAGUAAUCCGAAAGAUCCGAAUAAUCCUGAAUCAUAUCCAAUUGCUAAAAGAUCUGAUUGCCGAUACCCUGACUCCGAAUCGAAUUCGAAACCUGCAUCAUAUCCAAUUGCCGAAAGGACCUGCUAA